UCCUCACAUAUGCUGCUUGACACAGACGAGUGCAGCAAUGGUCCUGCAGCAGCCCAGCAUAGUGCAGGCCAGACAGCCCACUGCCAUCACUGUUCACUUUGUUGACAAGGGCUCUGGCUUGGUGCUUAAUGGCCUGGCUUUCAAGGGCCAGACAUUUGUGGGCAAACUGCUGGCAAAGACUGCUGAGGGACACUUUGAGGUUAUCCAGAGCAGCACAAGGAUGGCCAAGGAAAUCCUUCUCAAAUACCCAGAGAUCCUCCAUGCCGCUCACCCCUUCUUCCUCUCCCUCAAGUUUGUGGGUGCUGGUGGCUCUCUCCUGGAUGGAGCAGUUUUCAUGGAUCAAAAGAUAUUGAUUGAGAUACUGGGGAGGGAUGUGAGUGCAUGCCCAAGGAGAAGGCCCAGAUCUUUAAGAGGAUCUAUUUACCCAAGAACAACUUGUCAACAAUUCCUGUAGAUGUCAUCAUCAGUGAGGUCAGUGUUAGAUACCAACUUGCUGCUCAGGUGUCUGUUGUACCUGCUGGCUGGCAUCUCCACUUUGUCUCUCCUGGUAACCAAUUCUGCUUGGUGGUGUUUCCUGAAAAUUUGGAUAUCCAGGAGAACUCUGUCACCAAGAACGUGCAAAUGAAUGUCAUUGGGUGGCUGACGGCAGCUCCUCAAGUGAACCCAGAGAUCACUGGGCUAAAGUAAAGCAUGAUGGGUGCCUUGGAGAAGCUAUACCUUGAGUUGAAGGCUGCAGUCACCAUCAGGAAAGAGCAAAGCUGCAACAAGUCAUCCAAGUACUUUGUCAAGAAGGUUUAUGUUUAUUUUGUCAAGAAGGUUUAUGUUGAAGGCAACCUCCUGCACUGCUCUCAGGAGAGCAAUGGGACUCAUGACCGCCUCCAAGACCCACAGAGGAUUGGAAGGCAUAAAUUCAAUCUUGGAUAACUAUUGACAUUUAAAACUGGUGACUCCACUUGUCAGAUUGUAGGUGGGAAAGUUUAAAGGGUUAAUUGAUGGGAACAUUGUUGAUCUUAAUUCUUUUUUGGUAAAGUACUGUAAAUCACUUGCAUGUGAAAUUUCAAAUGGAUGAAAUAGCAUGAAUGGUAUUGUAGUUGAAUUGUUCUUUGUAGCUGGAAAAAAAAAUUAGGGUUGAUUGAUGGGGAAACUAUUGUUCAAAAUCCUUUUAUUGUAAACUAGAUCAUGUACAUAGUUGUUUAAUUUUUUUGGAAGUGAAAUAACAUGAAUGAUAUUGUAGUUGUUUGUGUUGUACUAUGGGUAAACCACUGGAAAAAGUGUAGUAGUUAUGAACAAAAUUGGAUUAACUAAACAUCACUGAGGUUGUAGUUGUGAAAUUUUGUAAAUUAAUGUAAACAAUGAAAUACUUACUUAAUCUUAUAUUAUUAGGAGUCAUUGGAAAUUAGCUAAAAUAAACACCAUUAUAUCAUCAUAA